AUGGAAGAUAUCAAUAAUAACUCGGCACGAUCUCAUUCGGAUCGACCUGCAUCACGACGUGGACUGGGUCCUAGCAAUAAUUAUUUUUCCACCAUUAGUUCAGGAAAUUCUACAACACCUAGUCCAGCUGCAAUUCUCAGACCAGGGACAGCUAUGAAACCUCCAUCUGCAUUGCGUUCUGGAACUGCUAGCCGUCUAUUGGCAAAUAAUGUUGGCGUCGCUGUGACAUCUUCUACUUCUCAGCGAAUUGGUACGGCCUUGGGAAAUGCCGGAAAUAGAAUGGCUGAAAGACCAAUUACACAACAUGGGAUAAGUGGUCUUGCAACUUCAAACGGACGCCUCGGAACUGCUGCUAAUGGUAAUCGUCAGAUCAAAGAUAAACGUUACUGGCAUGCGAUAUUGCAAAGUAAAAUUCAAGAAAUUACUCAAGAAACAAACAAGCUUUUGAAAGAGAAGAAAUUUCUCGAUCGUGAACGCUCCGCACGAAAACUGUACGAGAAGCGCGUGAAGGAAGCUGCAAAAGAGUUGACUAGUUUACAAUCUACCCUAACUUCUAUGAAUCUGGCAUUGGACAACUGCAGUUCGGGAAUGACAAGACAGCAUAUUUUAAAUGAAACGGUUGCACUACGAGAACGUAACGAGCAUAUUCAAGAGCAAUUGGAGCUUGUUUUCAAGCAACGUCAACUAAAGGACAACGAAAAUCGUGAACUUGAACUAGAAACUGAAAAGGAAAAAAGUAAAGUAACCGAAAUGAUCAAUUCACUCCCCGAAGAAGAGCAGCGUAAGUACCGUGAGUACCGAUUAUUGUCAGAAAAUCUUCGCAAACAAAACACUGUGUACCACAGUCAGAUAAGUGAGAUGGAAAAACAAAAAGAACGGCUCAAUGCAAUGAUAAUAAUUUCUCAAAGCAGAUCAGAAGCACACCGUUUAAAGUCCAAAAUAAAAGAGCUGAUGGCCAAGAAAAACGCUCUUCGCGAAGAAGAGAACAACCGUCUUUCUCCGGCGCAAGAACGAGAAAAAUUGAUCAACGAUGUACGCUCAAAUAACCAGGCACUGGCAAGCAUAGGUAAGCAGAUGAAGAUUGUCGAAGAACAGCUUAACGAAAAAAAGGAAUCGUUACAACAAAUUGAACAAGACCUCGAAGAGGGUAACUCGGAACGACAUGUUAAGUAUAAAGAGUUGAAGAAGCGUGAUGAAGUGAUGUCGGUGUUCAUGGACAGUUUCAAAACCAAUAUGGAUCAGGAAAAACAAAAUAUAGAUACGUUGAAAAAUCAAAUCACAUAUGCAAUCGAACAAAUUACUCUUCAAGGAAUCAAGAUGAAGGGACUUGGAGAAGACACAUACGACGGAACAGGAUUUACAUCUAAAAACGAUCUUAACUCUCAUUCUGGGCUGAUGAAGGAGUACAAAAAGCUUGGUAUACAGCUUAAGCAGCUUCAAAUACUUGAGAAAAGAACAUUGCACCAGGUUAACGCCCUUCGUCAAGAGGAAACAGAAGCACUUCAAAAUAUUCAAAAAUAUGCCAAUUUAGAAAUACCCCGUGCGGAGGCAAUAGUCAAAAUGAACGAUCUUAGCUCUGUGCUUCAAGAAUUGGAAGACAAAAAACGUGUCACAGAAAAUGUUGUAGAGGAAGCACGCAACAGGAAUAACGAAAUUAAAAUUAACCUCAAAAGCAACGAAACGUAUCGGCAAAUAUCCCAUCUCGAAGAUAAACUAGUUGAUUUAUUGAAGGAAAACAAAACAUUGCAAGAAGUGGUUAACCAAAUGCAACAGGAUAACGACUACUCUACUACGCGGUCUGAAGUGAAUGAGUUGGUAAAUGAGUGUAAUAAAUUGUUGAAUGGUGAAAUAGAAAACUCUGCACCGCAGCAGCAUUAG